AAGAACCACGUCCUCAACCCCACCUCAGAGAGAGAGAGUCAUUUUCCAUUUAGAAGUUCCUUUUUAUGUCAUAUUCUAAACUCUAUGCUAAAAAGCUUCAUGUGGUGGCAAAGCCAAGCAUACAAGAUAGAUACACGGCAAAGUACAUAUUUUAAAAUUUUUUUUUCUCAUCUUCUGUUCUUCCUCAACUUCCCUCCUUCAAGACCAAGGCAAUACCCAAAACUUUUAAACCAAACAACACCCCUCCUUCUUAGUCCAAUGUCUCUUUCUCUUCAACAACCCCAAGUUAACCUCAAAAAAAAUACUAAAGUCCUCAAACACCAUUGAAAUGCCUGGCCCAAAUGCUAAGCAAGGUUAGGUGAAAGAUAGCAACCUUCUUCAACACCAUCAAAACCUUCCUUUUACAGCAUAACCUGAUAUGGAUUCUUGCAGUUCUCUUCUGUUGUUGAUCAUAAGGAAUAUCUGUUGAAGAGGAAGAGCUCAAAGCCCUGUCCUGUUCAUUCUGCUUUUGGUGUUGCCCUUCCUUGUUGUGUUGGUAUUUGUUGCAUUUGAACAAAAUGCAGCUCCACAUAUCUCCAAGUUUGAGGCAUGUUACUGUGCUUCCUGGCAAAGGGUUGAAGGAGUUUAUCAAAGUGAAGGUUGCAUCGAGGCGUCUUUCUUAUAGGAUGCUCUUUUACUCACUCUUGUUCUUCACUUUUCUUCUACGGUUUGUGUUUGUUUUAACAGCAGUGGAUGGCAUUGAUGGAGAAAACAAGUGCUCUACCAUAGGUUGCUUAGGAAAAAAACUAGGGCCAAGGAUUUUGGGAAGAAGGCCUGAAUCAGCUGUCCCAGAAGUGAUAUAUCAAACAUUAAAUGAACCCCUUGACAAAGAAGGACUACAGGGAAGAUCUGAUAUUCCACAGACUUUAGAAGAGUUCAUGACUGUUAUGAAGGAAGGUGGAUAUGAUGCCAAGACAUUUGCAGUUAAACUUCGAGAAAUGGUAACCCUUAUGGAACAAAGGACUAGGAUGGCUAAAAUCCAAGAAUAUCUAUAUCGUCAUGUAGCGUCAAGCAGCAUACCUAAACAACUUCAUUGCCUUGCCUUGAGGCUGGCCAAUGAGCACACCAACAAUGCAGCGGCGCGCCUUCAGCUGCCAUCUGCAGAAUUAGUCCCUGCCCUGGUUGACAAUUCUUACUUCCACUUUGUCCUAGCCUCAGACAAUGUCAUCGCCGCCUCUGUCGUUGCGACAUCACUUGUUCGGAACAGUUUGCGAUCCCAGAAAGUUGUUCUGCACAUAAUCACAGAUAAAAAGACUUAUUAUCCCAUGCAGGCAUGGUUCUCAUUGCAUCCUUUAUCACCUGCAAUAAUUGAGGUAAAGGCAUUGCACCAUUUCGAUUGGUUCACAAAAGGAAAGGUGCCUGUUCUCGAAGCAAUGGAGAAAGAUCAAAAGGUGCGGUCACAGUUUAGAGGGGGCUCAUCAGCUAUAGUGCAGAAUUCUACUGAGAAGCCCAAUGUUAUUGCAGCAAAACUACAAGCACUUAGUCCAAAGUAUAAUUCAAUGAUGAACCACAUCCGGAUAAAUCUCCCAGAGUUGUUUCCAAGUCUUAACAAGGUGGUCUUCCUUGAUGAUGAUAUUGUGGUACAAACUGAUCUUACACCUCUAUGGGACAUUGACAUGAAUGGAAAAGUCAAUGGGGCAGUAGAAACAUGUGUUGGAGAAGAUAAGUUUGUGAUGUCAAAGAGGUUGAAAAGCUAUUUGAACUUUUCCCACCCUCUAAUAUCUGAAAAUUUCAAUCCCCAUGAAUGUGCUUGGGCCUAUGGCAUGAACAUUUUUGAUUUGGAGGCUUGGAGGAAGACCAAUAUAAGCAAUAGAUAUCAUUAUUGGGUUGAGCAGAACAUUAAAUCAGACCUGAGCUUGUGGCAGCUAGGGACAUUACCUCCUGGAUUGAUAGCAUUUCAUGGUCAUGUUCACAUUAUCGAUCCUUUUUGGCAUAUGCUAGGAUUGGGAUAUCAGGAAAAUACGAGUUCUGCUGAUGUUGAGAGUGCUGGUGUCAUUCAUUUCAAUGGCAGGGCGAAGCCAUGGCUAGAAAUAGCUUUUCCGCAGUUACGGCCAUUGUGGACAAAGUAUGUCAAUUUCUCAGAUAAGUUCAUCAAGAGUUGUCACAUUAGGCCAUGAAAAAAAUUGACCUUGUUGAUGAGUUGAAGAAAUGGAAUUUGUAUCCAAUGUAAACAGAAAAUGAGAGAGUUCUUCCAAGCACAAGGCCUUCGAUGACAAGAAAGGGACAACAGUGAUAUGGCAUGAUGCUCCUCUCUUGCUUUAAAAUCUUUUUAAAUGUACUACUUCAGUUGAAACUCUCAGAUUCUUUUUAUCUUCAAUCCAUAUUGUAAGUAUGAGUAUUUGACUAUUUGUAGAUCACAUAUAUGUACUGAGACAAAACAAAUUUUUUUUGGGAAAAAUAAACCUGCAGGCUCAAGGUUUCACAAUAA